CUAAGCUCAAGUCAGAAGCGAAAAGUAAAAGAAAUUGAGCAUGAAUUUUACUGAUUGAGAAUCACAAAACGCUACCGACUUUCCACCAACACGAGGGAAGUGGGUCGCUAGGACAGUGGAGGCUCCUUUAUUGCAUUAUUUAAUCAUGUUGCUUAACCCUUUCUGCUUUCAACUUCAAACCUUUAAAACUAAAACCACUCCCACUCCAAAAAAGCACAAAGGAACAAGAAAUUUGAAGAACUAACUUCACUUUCCCACAAAAAUACUUGUUGAAUCAUUCCUUCCUUUUCCUCUCAUCACUGUGUUCAUCUCAACACCCAUCACAUCAGCGACGCUUCACUGUGCAUUUAUGAUUCUUCAUGUCUGGCUCAUGGCUCUCGAUUCUGAUUUUCUGUAAGAGGCCACUGAACCUUAUAAACCCAGAAUGUCGGAGUCACCUCCUCAAACUGGACUUUCCUUAUGUGAUCUCCACUCUGGGUACAGUUCUAGUUCAGGGAAUGCUGUUGACCUUGGUUGUGCUGACUUAUUUUUAGAGCAGAGCAAUCUUGGCAUAGUGACCAGUAAUGUUGGAAUACUGGAGAAAGACGAUGGUUCUUUUCCCUACAGAUUUCAGCUCGAACAAGAUGUGAGAAUGUUGCAACAAAAGUUGCAAGAAGAGAUAGAGCUGCACACUUCCCUUGAAGAUGCUAUUCAAAAGAAGGAUCUAAGAUUAGCCAACUUCUCAUGCCUCCCUCAUCAUGCCCAAGAUCUUUUAUCUGGCAUUGCAGUUUUGGAAGAUGCAGUUGUACGGCUCGAGCAAGAAAUGGUCUCUUUACAUUUCCAACUUAGUCAAGAAAAAAAUGAAAGGAGGCUUGCAGAAUAUCGUUUAAUGCAUUCAUCACCUUGUUCAGUUUCCCUUUGCUCCAAUUCUGAGGCUAUGAAAAAACAGAAUGCAAUUGACCUAGUUGAAAUGUACUGUGAGAAGACGCCUGUGGCUGAAGUUAAUGAAUGUUCCCAACCAGUAGAAUGUGAGAAAAUGUCUCGAGGGCCACCAUCAAGUGGCCUCUGGCACCACCCUAAUAUAUUAUCAGAAGAAAUGGUCAGAUGUAUGAAAAACAUAUUCAUCUCUCUAGCAGAUUCGGCCGUGCCUUCCAAAUCAACAUUGGAAAGCCACUCACCUGCAUCACCUCGAGGACAUCUUUCCAAUUCAUCAUGGUGGUCAUCAUCUGAACGGUCAAUUAUUUCAUCAAGAGUACAAAGUCCACAAAUUGAUCUUCCGAGUAGCUCUGAAGUAUUGGCUUCACAGAAUGCUUGUGAUCCAUAUAGAGUACGAGGAAAAUUAAGUUGGGCUGAAAUUGGAAAUUAUGCUCAAGCAGCUGAAGUUUCUUGGAUGUCAGUUGGAAAGAAGCAAUUAGAAUAUGCUGCUGGAGAAUUGAGGAAGUUCCGCACUCUUGUUGAGCAACUUGCAAAAGUGAAUCCCAUUCAUUUAAACAGAGACGAAAGGCUAGCCUUCUGGAUCAAUUUAUAUAAUGCACUGAUCAUGCAUGCUUACCUUGCUUACGGAGUUCCAAAAAGUGAAUUGAAACUCUUCUCUUUGAUGCAAAAGGCAGCAUACACCGUUGGGGGGCACUCUUUCAGUGCAACAGGAAUUGAAUAUGUCAUCCUCAAGAUGAAACCACCAGUUCACAGGCCACAAAUUGCUUUGCUUCUUGCUCUCCAUAAAUCGAAGGUGACGGAGGAACAGCGAAGAUUUGCAAUAGACAAACACGAACCACUUUUAACGUUUGCUCUGAGUUGCGGAACUUACUCUUCUCCUGCGGUGAGGAUCUACACUGCAGACAACAUUCAAGAGGAUCUCCUAGAGGCACAACGUGAUUUCAUUCGAGCUUCUGUAGGUAUUAGCAACAAAGGAAGACUGUUGGUACCAAAACUGCUAUAUUGUUUCGCCAAAAACUCCGUUGACGACGUGAAUUUGGCAGUAUGGAUUUCCCAUUACCUUCCAGCCCAUCAAGCUGCAUUUGUUCAGGGUUGUAUAUCCCAGAGGCGGCAAAGCCUAAUCGGUUCUCGCAACUGUGGUAUUCUUCCUUUCGACUCUCAUUUUCGAUACUUAUUUUUGCCUGAGAAAUCUUCAUUGCAAUGAUGUCUCCAUCCAUUUGUAUAAAUAAAUCACCAAGUCAAACUCUGGUUCUCUGCCUUUGGUUGCACAAUAUGGGUGUAAAUUUUCUCCUUUUUUUUUUUGGAAAAAUUGUUGGUAGGUGGAAGUUAUUCUCCUUUUUCCAUCAAUUCUCCCAAGUUUUGUAUAUUGCAUCCAAGGGAAAAGGAGUUAGUUCCAUUUCAUAUUGUAGGUGAUUGUUGUGCAUAUUUAUACAAUCACAAUAAGCUUUACCUUAUUCUUGUGUUAUCCUGAGUGAACAAUUUAAAGAUAUUUGUUUUCUUGUUCA